CUGACCUAGUUUAUUUUGCACAAACAUUCAUUUAACAAGAAAAUCAAGAAUGGAUAUACCUCCCGAAAUGAUGAAGGCUAUAGAGCAAAUGAAGUCAUUGCCACCCGUUCCAUGGCCAGAGUAUGAAGGAGUACCAUACCCAGCUUUUCUAUCUUUCCGAAUGAAAGGAGCGGAGCAGAUACUACAGGGGAUAAAGAACUUCCAGUCACGGGAAACAGAUAUAUUAAUAUGCACGCAUUCAAAAUCAGGCACCCAUUGGUUAUAUGAAAUAUUGGCAUUGAUUAUAGGUAAUAAAACAGAAUUAACAAAAGAGACAAAGGGAGAAAAGAUGUUGGAAGCGAUACCAGAGUUAUCCAUGCUUGAUGCACUUCCAUCUCCCAGAAUUCUCGACACGCAUGUGCGGUUCCAGUAUAUACCCACUCGUCAUAUUGAAAAAGGCGGGAAAAUUAUUCACAUGAUGAGGAAUCCUAAAGAUGUCAGCAUUUCACUCCAUAACCACGCAAGGAAAGAUAUUUGUGUCAAUUUAGAUAUACCAUGGAAUGAGUACUUUGAAAACUGGAUGACGGGAAAAGUGCCGUAUGGGUCAUGGUUUGAUUAUGAACUUGGAAUGGAACAAGCAGAAACGGACCAUCCGGGACUGAUUUACACUUGUUACUACGAGGAUAUGAAAAAGAAUCCAACUAAAGAAAUUAAGAAGCUUGCAGACUUUCUUGAAAUCAACGUAGCAGACGAAAUUGUUGAGGGCAUAGCAAAGGCAACAUCGUUUGACAAUAUGCAGAAGAACAAAAUGGAUUUGUCAAAACUCGUAUCAAGUGAUGGACAAGGUUUUAUUUAUAGAAAAGGUGAGAUAGGCGAUUGGAAGAAUUAUUAUACUGUUGCUCAAAAUGACCGGUAUGAAGCUCUGUACAAGGAGAAAAUGAAAGACAGUAAAUACAAAUUUCAGUACGAAUAAAAUGACUGUGCGAAAACGACUUACUUCAGUCAUUUGUUUUCGUAGUUGACAGAGAAAGGGUAAAGAAAUGAGAGCUCAUCAACAGAAACUUUUAGAAGUUAGACAUAUAAUAAGGGACGCAACUCUUAAAAGUCACAGGAACGUUUGUGUCAAUGAUUUUUAUAGAUAUAUCAUUAGCUUCUUAGUCACACAUAUUAUUCAAUUUCUGUUUCACAUGAAUGCUUUUAAAGAGUAAUUAUGAAACUGCCUUUAAUAAACGCAUUACUGAUUUUAAGAUUUAUCUCCCUUAACCAAGGUCUGUCGCAUUAAUUUCAUUUUUAAAAAAUUUUUAUUAUGGAUAAAACUGACAAUAUUUUAUUCAGAUAUCAUGUUUUAGGCAGUGUUUUGUUUGAGUUGUUAACUUGUCUUUGGACAUCUUCCAUGCACUCUCGUCAUAAAUAUUUAUCAUCCA